CAGCCCACCACCACCUGUAGGUCCUGCGCUUGUGUCGCAGCAUCGCGGGUUUAUUGCUAUUCUUAAAGCGUAGAGAGAAAGUGGGGACGCCAACAUGAGCCAUCUUUGCCCUGGAUGCAUUUGUUUAUUUCUGGAUAAAGGUGUUCAUUUCUACGAUCCGACACCCGCGGUAUGAAUCCGAUGAGAUUUGAUAUUCACCUGUAAGUAACGCUAACGGCACAUGUUCUCGCGUGUUUGCGCAUUUGAUCGCAUCGCUUAGCAUUAAAACAGCCUUCCGAUCUGCGGGCUUUAACAGUCGUUUAUAUGUACAUGUAUUACACCGAUAUCUGACAUUGGAGUGUAAAGAAAUCGUUUCUACUGUACAUCCUGCGGAUUGCAUGCUGAAGGGCAAAAAUGGAGACGAGUUAAACUUGGUGUUCAUUUGUGACGGCGGAUGCAGGAGUUCGGCAGUGAUUGUGAAGUUUGCUCAUCACUGAUGUGACUGCAAGCGCCGACAGGUUGAUGGGAUUUCUGACAUUCUAGGCAACUUAAAGGAAGAUAUGAUUGCUCUCCUCCCGCCUCUCAGCUCUCUCCUGCUCCUGAUCUGCUGCCACAUCUGCCUUAGUGAAGCAAACCGUCCGGCUGCUCCGGUCAACGUCUCAGUCACUCACCUGAGAGCAAAUUCAGCCACCAUAUCCUGGAACGUCCCAGACGGGGAGGCUGUAAUUGGCUAUGCCAUCUCACAGCAGAGACAAGAUGGACUCAUGCAGCGGUUCAUCAGGGAAAUUAACACCACCAGUCGUGCUUGUGUGCUGUGGGACCUAGAUGAAAACACAGACUAUAUUAUUCAGGUGCAGUCCAUCGGGCUGCAUGGGGAAAGCCAGGCCAGCAAGAGAGUUCAUUUUCGAACCCUUGAAAAAUCAGACCACUUCCAGUCUAACAUGGUGGCUCAAGGUGACCCCUCAGUGGAAGGUCUUGAUAUUUCCAGGCACCUGCAGACUGGAGAGAUGUUAAUCAUUACGACUGUGCUACUAAUGUGGGCAGCGGUGAUUGCUCUUUUCUGUAGGCAGUACGAGAUCAUCAAAGACAAUGACUCAAACAACCACACUAAGGAGAAGACCAAGCCCCUCUCUGCACACAGUACUCCAGAUUAUCAUAAUGGAGGGCUUCUGGGGAACAAGAGGACACCAUCAGCAGUUAGCAUCAUUAAGGUCUGACCAGCAAAUUGAUGCAGAAACUGGUCCUAGAGGGACCCUUUAACUCAUCGUUCAAUACAGUAGUUACAACAUCCAGCUCUCUGUAAUGCAUUGCAUUUCUGUACUUCAUUACAGUGUAAAAUACCUGGUAGGACAAUGUAAAUGUAGGAGCAUAGCAAUAGAAGAUUAAUAUAAAUAAAAAAUCAGUUAUAAUCUUUUUAAUGAUGAUGAAACUAAAUUGCAUUAUUAUUGAUCAUGUUUAGCAGUAAACGAGGCAUUACAAAUAGUGUUAUGUUUUAGAAUAAAUAUUAAAUACUAAGAUCUGUUCAUAAUGAACAAAAUUUAGAACUUCUGCUGUCCGUCUUCUAUGCAUAUGAAAAACAUGAAACCUGCAGUAAUAGUAACUUUGAUCUUGUUUCCCUAGCAUCCUGAAUAGAUUAAAAUAAGAUUAUACUUUAUUAUCCUUACCAAAAAAUGCUACUAACACAUUAAGUUAAGCCUUUCUUACAGCUCUAUGAGGGGCAUUCAAGACGAACCCGGACAUUUGAUAAAAUAAAACCCGACUAACAUUUACAGAAGACUCUUAGAGUAAAAUAUUUCAAUGGUACAAAUCAUGAAUGAUAAUCCAGUCUUUGAAAUUUAAUGGAUAACUUGUAACCAACCAGUGAAAGUGGCCCAUCUUUCUGUGAAAACUGUGCACAUGACCAUUAAUAAACACCACUUGCACAUUACAGGAAGCAAUUUCCAUGCAAUUUCUACAUGUUUGAGUAAUUAAAGGAGUUUUAUGGAGGCCAGCGUUUCAGAUGAGAAGCAAGCAGUCCGAUUAGUGCUAUGUCAUACUGAAAAAAACGUUAUUCCUUCAUGGUAUUAUAGUGCUAGUGACAUGCUAGGAAUAUGUGCAAUAGUGUAGCAGGGGAUUAUACAGAGUAUUAUAAUAGUGUUUACUCUCAUACAGUAACUGUGUUCUGUUGUUCUGUACAACCAAAAGUCCCAGUCUGACUUGAACACCCCUCGUACCACAUUUCUGUACUGCCAACAAAAAAAUACCUUAUAAGGUAUUCUCACAGUAGAUACUUUCACAUAGUAUCACCUAAUAUUUCUAUACAUUAUUAUAUUAAAAUGUUUCAUUUUACCGACACAAUUUGACUUUGUCUUCUAUUUUUAAAAAUCCUGGAGUAGAAUAAAUCUAGGAAGUCCACUUUUACAUGUUUAGUUGUAUUGAAAAAAUAGCUUUGUGUUUCUAUUAGUUUGGUUUUUUUUUUAAUAUUUUAACAGUUGUAACUAAUUUAUAUGAUCAAAUGUGUGGUAUCAAAUAAUUAUAAAAAUUGUAAUAUAAUGAGUUAAAAUAUGCAUAUGGACAGUGCAUUGACUGAAUAUGUUUGGCAAUUGAAAAAUAAUGUUAAAUAUGGCAUUUUGACAAUGUUAGUGAUAGAGAAAUAAAGUAUAUAUCAUGUAUAAACUGUUACAGUAUGACACUUAAUCAGGUUGCUUUCAAUUUUCCAUAAAUUACAGCAUUAUAAUGUGUAUAAUAGUACAUAUAAUAAUUCUAUCACCUGUUUCAUGAAUUUAGUUGAAAUUUAACUCAUUUUUUUAUAUCUAUGUAGUAGCUGUUAUUACUGCAAAUGUGUCACAUUGAAUUAUGU